AUGGACGUCGAACGGUUAAUGAAGGACCUUACCAUAGAGCAGUUGACCGAAAUUUACUCUUCAUUGAGGUAAUUUGAUGUAAAAGUGGUUAAUUUCUCCUUUUAUUUUAGUAAGGAGAUAGAGACAAAGAAAGAAGAGCUCCGGCAGAUGGUUGGACGUCGAUAUAGGGACGUUUUGGAGGCUUCAAACACAGUAAAACGGCUGAACGAGCUCUCAGAAGAGAUUGUAACACAACUUGGGGACACAAAAGCAGUCUUAGCACCAUUUGAGCAACGACAAGUGGGCUUCGAAUCGAAAGGAAAACGAUUGACAAGACAAAGAUUCAUUUUGCUCAAUUCCAUCAUCCCAUUGGUGAGAGAUUUUUUUAUUUGUAAAUAUCAGUGGCAUGAGUAAUAUUAAUGACCAUUUUUGAAUCGAAAUUUGAAAAAAAAAUGUGCUGUCGUAUACAAAAAUGUAAUUCUUUGAAAUCUGCUCAAAAAUAAAGGCGCCCAGCGGUGUGUACUUUUAGUCUGAUCGGCAGUGCGCUCGCGUGGAACUCGAAAAGUCCCGAGUUCGGCUCCACCCCCAAGAGGUUUCCGAUUUCGAAGGCGUUUCAAUGAAAACUCGGCUCUGCCAGAGGCAUUGUGCGUUCAAAAAGUCGGAGAAAUAAAAGCCGGCCGUUUCUUCCCUGUGAAUCGACCGUUGAUGGUCGAUUUGCUCUUAGAAAUUGCACAGUUUUUGAAAUUAAAAAAAUUUUCGCUGAGUUUUUUUUGCAAUAAAUGUAAAGAUAAUUUUAGCUAGACGAAUCCGUCAAUGGAAUCACUGAUGUCUUCACAUUACUAAUCGCGGAAUGCCUACAAAGAGCGAUUGCAUUGGAUGGAAAUGAGCUGGCUCCGGAAUCGGAAGCAGUUAUUCGAGCAUUGGGGGAUAGAUUGAUAAACCAUCGAUUGAAAUUAAAACAAAGAUUGCUCUCGGAACUGGGGGAUAUCACAGAAUGGACGGCUUUGGCAGGUCAAUUGGUCGGAUUGGGCAUUUUGAAUCAGAGCAGUCCAGAAAGUUUGCUGAAGAAUUAUUUGGAGGCCAGAUUGGUACGAAAAAAGAUUUUGGAAAUGAUAAUUAAUGGAAAUUGUAGAAAUUGUUGCCUCAUUCUUUAAUGGACUCGUAUUUUAGCUCACGAUCACGUCCACAUUAGAAUCAUCAACUUUGAUUGGAAUUAUUGGCCAAAUAAAAGAGACCACAGAAGUAGUGGACAAGGUUUUUGGAGGUGGAAAAGGUCUCUAUUUGUGCUUCAAGGCUGUUACAACGGAAGGAUGGUGUCCUGGUAAGAUUAUUUUGGUGUUUUUUGUUUUUUUUUUUGUAUGUUUUUGGCCCAGAAUGGCUUAAAACGAUAUAAUUUUAGAUGUAAUUCGAAAUGUGAUCCGAGACCAACUAAGCAUUCAUAACAAACUUUUUGAAAAGGAACUUACCAAGGCCAAUAGAGCAUAUCGAAGUGAUUUUACACCAGUCCCGGAGCCACAAGUGACCUCUUCGUUGUCUGAAUGGGUCGAUCAAUUGUGCUCGGAGGCCAAGGAAAGUGUCUCGAAGAUUGCCAAAUUCUUCGAAAGAACCGAAGAACUAGUCGAUUUUGUCUUGGCGGCAAAUGAAUUGUUCAGAAAUGUAAGAUUUAUGGAGAAAUUUUAUCAGUUGUAUCAUGUGUAAUGUAAUGAAAUGAAAAAAGUAUAAUAUUUUUGUUUAGGAUUGGCCGGGCGUCGAAAAUCCACACACAAUUUAUCGCAGACUGUUUGGAGAGGCUCUAUUCCAGAGAUUCGGCCAAUUGAUUGGCACGGAAAUCAGGGAAAUUGAAGGGGAAUUGCUCGAAAAGAUCCCAAAAGUCAAUUGUAAUCCCCCGCCAUUGUUCCAUAAAAGAGCAACCAAGUUUGAUGGACUCUUGGCUAGCGGGGUGUCGCAGGAGUUGAAUGCGUAAGUUGAAAACUUUAAAUUUUCUGGGGCUUUUUUUUUGCUGAUGAUCUAUUAGGGUGAACCAAAAAAUUUUUCCGAUUUCAUGUUUCGUAUAAUAUGUUUGUUGUUGAUUUCAGAGUCGUCCAAAAGUUCUUCGAAAAGUUGAGAAGUUUAAAUCACAGAACAAACAAGUACAUCCAGCUGGGACACGAGGCAAAUGUGGAGGAACUCAGGAAAUUUUUGGUUCAAGAAGUUAUCGGAUUCUUGAAACGGUAGGAAGAAAGUUGAAGGUAUAAGUGAUACAAGUUUUAGUCUAACUGCCAAACAUGCUGAAGAGAUUGCUCAAAGAGACCUUUCUGUUACAGUACUCCCAUCAGAUGAGAAUCAGAAAUGGCUCAAGGAAUUCAGGUUAUAUUUGGCCUUGGUCCAGUUCGAGCCGUCUGUGAUAAGUCAAUGCAUGGGCGAUGAUACGAAUUCGGCGGUAGAAGCAAACAAAAUUCUCCAUCAAGCGGCGGAAACGGCAUUAUGGUAAGUGGGGUUGAGUGUUUUGUCCACAGAAGACGUAUUUUACAAAUUUUUUUUAGCCAUUUGAUGGACUACAUUAUCGAAGAGGCCGUCCAAGAUUCGGAGCUCAAUAGAAUCAAAGAAGCUUGUGAAUUGCCCUUCAAAUGGAUCGAUUAUGUUCAAGUGAGGUUUGCGAGAUGUUUUUUUGAAGUUUUGACGACUGAAAUUUGUAUUAAGAUUCUUUUUUAGAACUGCGAAAAAAUUCCAUUGGGAACUUUGACCGAGAAACCAGCAAAGACAGAACCAAAGACGGUGGAAAUCGAUUUGAAUGAAGAGGAAAAUGGAGAGAAAUCAAAUGAAAACAGCGAAAACUUGAAGCCAGAAGAAGAAAACGGGAAGGAACCAGAAGUACAAAGUUUUAUUGAGAUCCCAACACAGAUUAAUCGGUAGGAUAGGAAGAUUGGAGUGUAUUAUUACUGAUUUUAUUUACUUCAGACAGCUGUUCGCCUUUUUAUACGCGAUUUGUCGCCGGAUUUCCCAAAAUUCAUUUGGCCAUUUGUUUACGAGAAAUGUUUCGGUUCAUGUGUCCAGUAGACUGGCCAGUCUGAUAUCCAAACUACUCAAAGAGUCCGCAGAAGCAGCCCCAGAAAAUACGACAUUGAUCUUAACUCAACUUUUAUUCGACUCAAGAACGAUGGCCCAAAUGUUUCCAACCAAAGACUUUGUUCAUGUUGUAGAGGUGAUAAAAAGAAAGAUGGAUGUGGUAGAAUGGAAAUUAGUGGACGAUCCUGUUGCAAAGAAUGCUAGGACAGCGGUUAGGAGGAGUGCGGUAGGUGUUUUAAUAGGUUAUGGAGAUUUUUUAUAUUAUAGUAGGGUUAAGUGUAAUAUUGGAAAUAGAAUAGAUGAUUUGAGAGUUGUUGAGACAAAAUUGAUUUAUGGUGAAAGUAGAACAUUUAUUCUCAUAUUUCAGAUGCUUUUCGGUCAACUGCAAACGGAUCCACCCACCGGUUCCAUCUCCUCAAAAGACCCGACCCAACAAUCUGUAGUCGACGUUCUCCCACGAAUCGACGGAACCCUCAGAAUCCCCGCUAUCCCCAGAUUAAGCAAGAUCAAAGAGGAAGAAAAGAAGGCCAAGCUGAAGGCAAAGCAAGCUGCCGAAGCCAAACGACAAAACGCGGAAAAGAACAUUAAUCUAGGCGGAUUCUUUGAUUACUUUAUGAAAAAUUAG